CACAAGAUUCAUGCAGUUUCCAAAUAAAUACAGGUGAAGUUGUAGUUUCUUUUUUAUAUCUCUCUCUGUGCGCGGUGACGAAAGAAUUUGCUGCAAUCGUGUGUUGAGAGCCAAGAUGUUUCGUUCACGCUUCUCCUUGUUAUUCAUCUGUUUUGGUAAGUAGUUUCAACUAACAUGCUGGACGAAAGUAGGAUGAAACGAUUAAUUAAUAAUACUGCGUCAAUUUAGGUUACAAAAUUUGGAAGAACAACCAACUUUUUGCAAAUAUAUAUACUUAAAUUGAAUCCAUCUGUAACGUUCAGAUUUCAAACCAAACCCUCUCUUAUCAUAAGACCCACAAGCGGGGUAGGAAGAAGUCGCGCGGCGGCACGGGGAGCUGCGAGCCAAAACUGGGUAGAACGAUGGUCAUUUAUUAAAAUGUUUAUUAAAUGUGUUAGGUCGGGCCGUACGGGAAAAUAUUUAGCUCUCGGUCAUAACGCAAGGACGUCGCGGCGCUCAGUCAGUUCGCCAUGACUUCAAGUCAAAUAGUUUCCAUUCCAGCCUUUCCACUCAGUCAAUAAGUACAUGUCAUUUAUCGUGCCUCUUUCUCCGUUUUUGGAUCUCGUCGGUUUAAAAUCUGCCAGCGAUAUAAACUAUCGAGUACAAAUUUUUCGUUGACUUUGCAAGCGUUAUUAUACAUUAAAAAAAAAUGAAAUUCACCAGUUCCAGUAAUUCAGUAAUUCAGUAAUUCAAGCAGCUUUGAAACACCAUCACUCGAUCGGUUUUUAAACCUUUACGGAAACCCUAUGAUUAGCCUUAAAAGAGUAAUUCGGAAAACUCAGGAGACCGUUUUUCAUUCGAAACCUUUCCCGCCUCUGUCUCUCCCUUUGGGAGAAAAGCAGAAUGGGUUAACGGUGUCAUAACAAAAAAAAGGAAUAUUGUUUAACCUAUCAAAAUUUAUGUGGAUUCUGCUCGUUUGUUGAUUGGGUGACAGGAACAAAUCCUAGUAUACAUUACCUGCUUUUCCCUGAAACUUAGAUAGAACGAUUGAAAAAGGAAAUAAAAAAUCCUAAAAUUUUAAAAUAUAAAUCCAUGUGCUUCUGACAUGAGUUGGUGAAAGUUAUUCAUUUGUUGAGACGAACGAAGAAAACUAUACAAAGCGCAUGCCAUUUUUUCAGCAUCAGUUGAAUAAGUGAAGUAUUUUGGGAAUUUAUUCAUGACAAUAAGAUGGUUAAGCAGGAUGAUUUACUCCGUCCAUGGCAGCCAUGACAGUUCACCUUGAGCUAUAUUGCAAAGUUGGUUUGUACGUUUGACAGCACAGAACUGUUCUGUUUAUUGUAAGCAUUGCAUGUGCAACUCAAGAUAGUUAUUGAAUUUUUUUUAGCGUGAACGCUCACUAAUUUUGUCAAACGAUUAACUCUCAUCUUACACCAAUUAUGAUAUUCGAUGGUGUAUCCAAGUGUGUAUAUCGUUUUGAAAGAAAUGUUUUCAUGGAAUGCUGCUGAGUCUCUUCGAGGCCAAUAUAAUUUUUUGUUCCAUGUCGUAAACAAGCUUAUAAACUCGACCUCAACAUGCUUUACCCCAGGAACAUAAACAUUUAUAUCUUCAGUCACUAGUUCAUCCCGAUAUUCGGAAAACCUUAGUUAACUUUAUAAUGACUAUUAAAGAACCGUGAAAACUUUUUUUGUAAAAGGUGUUUCAUUUUCUCAAGGUUAAAAACUGAAAUAAUUUUCAUAUCAAUGCCUUCACAAUUAUCCCCGUUCCUGUAAACAAUCUCUUGGCGUCUUGAAAACGGCUUCCGGAAAAUUAGUCACAUAGUUUAGCAGACUUGUGUUUGCGUCUCUUUGUUUCACGAGCUCCUGGUAACGCGGUUAAGAAUUGGACCCAAUCGGCAGAUUUUGAAUACAACGACAAAAAAAACAAACAAACAAACAAAAAAUACUGCUAAGCUGCAGUCACUACUAUUUCCAACUUGGUCAAAAGAGUUAUUUACCUGAUUCACUUGCCGAAUUGUUUACAGCUGUCCUCCUUGCGACAUCCUUGGCUGACGAAGAUGACGUAGACAUGGCUGCCAACACCGUUACAAUUCGUGGAAAUGAUACGUCGGUCAGAAUAGAAGGCAAUACAGGAACAAUAAGGGCAGUUCAUCAUGAGAAGGAUGACGAUGACGAAGAUGACGAUGACGAUGAAGGCGAAAUGGAAGAUUUUAGUGACGACAAUGAAGGUGUUUUGACUUUUCAAAUUGACUCACUGCAGGAAAUAGACUCGGCUGGGAACCCGGUCGGUCUGACGGGGCCAUCAAAUAUAAAACAUGGAGUGAGCUCCUUGGUAUCUCAGAUUGAAAAGUAUACCUUCACACAGUUGGACAACUCGUCAACUUAUCAAGGAAUCCCUGUCAAAAAUGUCAACCUGUCUGUGCACCUCACUGGUCCCAACGCCAGCGUUGAUCUGCAAGUGAUGCUGUUUUUGAGGGAUGGAAACGUCACGUUUGGAAACGAGACAUUUUCAGUGAAAAGUGGAACCUUCAAAUUCAACAUCAAGGUACAUUUGGUAUUUAGUAUGGCUAUGAUAAGGCAUAAUUUUCAUCUGUGUGGGUUACACUCGCAAUACCACAUUAAAGUGGGUUUCGGAGCGCAGAACACUUCUAACGCUCUUUUAUGUUCAGCUAGGCCAGAGAUGGGGUGAGAUCACUUAAAUUUGCUGAGGUACAGUGACACUUAAAUACCCAGGGUGGAGAGUUUAAAAAAAAUCUCCCGGCUUAGAGUUCAAUAAAGCCAAACCAAAACAAUAAAAAAAGCCAAUCAGAACGAAGGAAAAUGUCUCAUGGAAUCAAGGAAAACGCAAAAAAAACAAGCGAACCGCCAGAAGCGCGGGAAAACGCGAGUGACCGAAUCGCGAUUAGAUCGUGAGGCCUGUGAUUGGUUGAGAGGAUGGCGUAAGUUUUCCUGACCAAUCACAGAGCGAAGCUAAGCAAAACCAAUGCAAUCUAGAAUUACGCUCGACCUGACUCGGUUGGAAAUUUCUUUGUAGUAUCGAUAAUUUUUACUCAAGUGAAUUUGAAAAACGCCACCAAAUCCCAUAAUCCUCUCAGGAACUGAAGUGAAUCUAUCAAAGCUAGCUAGUUAGCAUCUCAACUUUUGCAUGCAAACGAGCUUUAUUAAUUCCAUGACAGGUUAGUGACUGGAAGUUCUGCGGCGGAAAUUCUGACGUUUGUACAAAGAACAACCAGAAUGAAACUGGCCAGUACCUUGAUCUUGCACUCAGCAUUAGAAGUCAGGCAGAAGAACCUGAAGAGAUAGAAGAAUCUGAAAACGAAUCCGCCGAAAUUUGCGUUAACGAUGAUCCCGACGAGAAAGACGACUGCCCUAAAAUAUUCAACAUGGGUGGAAACUCGACCAUGGUGCUCAAUCGAGGGGUGAGUGUCUUUCGAAUGACUAGACGUGAAAUGCGUUCCUGGGGUCGAAAUUCGGGGUUGUUUGUCCGGCUAAAUUUAAUUUGUUGUUACCCUCAGAAAGACUCUUCUAUACCCUGAUUGGCUCCAGCUAUUCCCACAAUUUAUCAGAUGAGUUCACAAGUCAGUCAAACGCGUUUUCAGCCCUCCCCGCCACCAUAAGUAUUGGAAACGUAUUCGUAUUUGGUGGCUCGUUUAUUGCUGUGAAAGAAAAAGCUGAUGCGGUUGCUCUGCGGUGCUCUGUCCUUCCUCUUGAAAUAUCUUAUUGACAAUUCAUGAAAUAAUUAAAUUGUAUUUAUUUCUUCGGAUUUUCCCGCAGGUGGUUACGGGUAACAACGACUACGUGGCAUUUCCCACAGGUUACCCAAAGUUUGAGACCAUAGGAGGACUGGUGAAGAAAUUCACUUUCCGCAUCCCACGGUUCAACGACACAGUCCUCAUCGACCCUAGUGUCAAUGUUGGUUCUUACAUCCCUGCGGUUACUAAUCCAACGAACAAGCCUGGUGGAGGAGGGCAAAACGCUGGCCAAUCACUGCAUUUCGUUUCCUAUCUUUUGUUGCUUAGUAUGUUUGCGUCUCUGUGUUGCUUUUAUUAAUUGGUUUAGCAGACUCUUUUGCAAGAUUCAUUUAUAGUAGUUUGUUACCUUUCCGUAGCAAUUAUAAACAACUGAAACUGAUAAUAAAAAGGACACCCUUCUAGUAGAAUACAAUUUUUAUCCAGUGGCCAUGGUUUUACAUUACUAUCCUUCCUGAGAAAAAAACGAGUUACAAGUUUCUACCAUAGUUAGUAGUGGUUCUUUUGAGUCUGUUUUUUCUUUUUCUUUUUUUUUUUAUAUUCUUCUUUCAAAAGAAUUUUCUGGUCACUAAAUCGGUCUCCAAAACAUACUAUAGAGGUUCUCAUUACGGUGAAAACAAUACAAUACAGCUCUGUUGUCCCUGGAUACUGUAAGUUAAUAACACAAAGCUUUUAUUUCUCAAAGAGUCUUCUCAAAAGCAGUGAGAGGAAAGAAUGGAUAAUAACAAAUGUUUUUUGUUAAACAAAGGUCAUAUCUAAAAACUCGUUUCCCGGUUUGAUGAAAUGAAAAGCUAAACUGGUAACUUUGAUCAAAAAUCCUCUCAGUUUCCAUUUCCAAUCCUCAUUUGCUGGAAUAGAUAACGAUCAAGUACCUUAUCUCAGUUGCUAAAAGAAAUAUAAGUUUAUGAUAAUGAGAAAGCUAUUAGUGGUAAACUUCCUGAAAACUAAACAUCCUUAUCUUUGAUAUGCAUGGCUGCUAUUAGCAACCGAUAGUGAAAGCGUAAUAUAUUCUGCCAUACCCUCUGUGUAAACUAAAAGAUAAAUAUACAUUUGUGAAAAACGAGCAAUGACGUAGGAAGUUUAAAAUAGACGUGACAUGCAAUUAGCAUAUGUUGAUGGUAAAAUAUCUAAUAAAACGAUCACAUUUUAGCACCCGCAGAAAUAUUGUUUGAGUCCAUAAUUCCGAAAGACCGUUAGAAAGAUUUCGUGGCAGGGAAACAGUAGUUUGAUUUUCCGAACGUUACAAUCUUUUUUUUUUUUUUGUUUCGAUAAACUGAAUGCGAUUCAUUGCUUUCGAGCUACUGUCCAAGGGUUGAUUGAGAAAAUAGGGAGCAAUUAUUCUGAGUGCUGAAAGAUAUAUUUUCAUUUCUCUCGAGCUUCGGGACGAUUGACAAAACUGCAUUUCAAAUUUCGGAACUCUGUCUAUGAUUUCGAUCUUCUCACUCAACAGAAAGUUUCAAGACCGAUUCCCGUUCAUCGCCCACUUCCUAGACUCAUCUAACAGAUUAAAUAAAAGUCGAGAUUCUUCUCUCCCAUUUUUUUUUUUUCAACUAAUACCGUGAACAGCGAUUUCCUGGUUACAGAAAGAUUACACGAUUCAAUAAGCCAUUAGUUUGAAGAAGCAGAUAAAUAAACAGACUCAUCCUCAUCUCUUUAGUUUUGUUUUACCUGGUUGCCAUAAGUAAACGAUACUGAAAGAGUAACAAGUAUUUAACGACCGUUAUUUGAAGCAAACAACAUCGUGCCGUGAGAAAAUAAUGAGAUUCAUAUCAACCUUAAAAUAGACAUGAUAAAAUUUGAAACCGGAUUAUGGUGUUUUCUAGAAACAUUCUUUCCCACAGACGUCUAGACAAGUCCGGAUUUUGUCAGCAAAUUCAUUUCAGUCCUCAGCAAACAUCAAGAUUGGUGAAAAAGUUUCUUCGCGUUUUGAGCAUUGAGAAGAGUUUCUUUUAUUUCGUGGCCCGAGCAUUGCGAUCCUAAUAAACUCAAAAAUUUAUAAAGAAAUAUUUCUCUUUGUUAGUAGCAAAAUCAACAUCACUUGCGGAUUUUGUUUUUCAUUGGAAGGAAAUGGACGAAAACUUUUGAUGUUCAUCAACAGUUUCGAGUUUGGUUUUCAAGCCUAAAAUCAUUCAAACAUGUAAAUCCCAGAGUUGAUUAACACACAAACUCUCUAUCCACGGAUUAUUUUAAUCAAUUUAUUAAAAAAUAAAAGUUAUUAGAAGGGGGAAACUUCAGAUGAUAUCUUGGGACUGUUAAGGGUUGAGAACUCCACAUGUUACAAAGGAAAAGAGAGAAGUUACAAAAAGAGACGAAAACUUAAUGAUAUAAAUUGUGUGUAAACAGGAAACUCUUCAACUCUUGCAGUGAUUCUUGUCUUUGCCACUCUAAUUAUCGUCACGUCACUUCCACAAUGGUGGUUUUCGGUAAACAAUGAACCGUUAAGGGUUGAGUUUAAAAGAUUCCUCGUGCGUCGCGCUUAUUAAAAUACCUUAUUUAAGCUACCUCUAAAUUGUCAAAAAUCCUCAUACCUCGUCACGCACUUUAAGAAACUUAACUCUAUAGUGCGGAAUGGUGUAGCUUUGCUUUUUACCUGGUAGCAAAAAUCUACUGUGUUGUCUGAGAUUUCUUAGUUCUUUCAGUCUUGCGCUUUUAAUAGUCUUGUGAAAGUUCUAUUGCGUGUCAGAGCCGCCUCAGACUGCACGGCGUACGGUAGACGUACAUGAGAUCGUAAGGAGUUUUUCUUUGUUAAUGUGUUUCCAAAGUUUUACAUCGCGUAAACAACAGAAAUAUUGCCCUAACAACGACCUUUAUUUGGCUAAACAAGUCAUUAUCCCAAAAUAUUUGCAAUCUUAAUAUACAGUAAAGGGUUUGAAAUCUUUCUUACAAACUUUAUCGAAGAUCAGGAAGAGGUGGAGAUGGGGGAAGCUGAACACCGCUUAAAAUCGGUUCGCGCUUGAAGUAAGCUCUUUUUCAGGGUCUUUUAAAUGUAUGUUUGGCAACAACCGGUGUAAUAUCAAUGCAAUGGUAUAUCGAUCAAUACAAGUUACUGCCAAUUGAAACGUCAGAGCCCGAGGGGAUAAUUAGUUUCCAAUCAGUUGCUAUAUUAAUGCGCUUGUAAUAAAAGUUUUCAUAAUUUUCUUUCCUCGUCGAGGAAAGAGGUUGUUGUAGUCCUGACAGUCGAGCACUGAAAUCUGACAUGAUUUCCUCUCGUUUCUCCUUGCUGUUCGUCUGUCUUGGUGAGUUAUAUCUACUAAAAAUCGUAAAAUUAGACCGGAAAAUAGCUUUAAUUUUCGCCCUUUGUUAAGGAAAUUACAGUGUUAUGAGAAUUAAUGAUUUGUGACUAACCGACUGAUUAACUUGAGCUGAUUAAUUUUUUAUUUAAUUCUAAUCGAGCAGCGAGGAAACUUCGUUAAUUUUAAAUCUACAUGUAUUUUCGUUUUAUUAUCUUUACCUCUCAUCAUUUAAACCAAAAACCUAUUUAUCUCAACUAUAAUUCUGGGCGGUAAUGUCCAAGUCGUAAUUUUUCAUUUGUUCCAAUCGAUAUGGCGCUGUUACGAAACAAAGCACGAUAGUCUUCUUACGGCGUUCAUUUGAAAUUUAGUUUGCUUCAGCUCAUGAAACGUGUUUAAAUUUAACAUGCAGUUUUUUUCAAAACAUACUCAGGAAAAGAAAAACCAACAUCUUUCAAAGAGAAGCCACUAUAUCGAACGCUAUAAAAGCAAUAUAAAAAUAUUUUGAAGCCAAAGCUAUACUUAAAGAGGUUAAUUAGUCGAAGCAGUGAAUUUUCAAUUUUCCACUUAAGGUAGCUCUGUUGUUAAAAGCUAAUUUCAAGAGUUCUGGAUUUGAAAUUCAUGCGCGUGAGAAAGCUUCUUUAAGUGUAUUUAAUUACAAAUGGAAAUUUUCUUAAUGGUUCAAUACAUUAGAGGUGAUUAGAUAAUUUCAUUUUCAACCUUAAAAAAAUGAAUGACAUCUUUACGACCUACUCAUACGGCGAACCAUUAUAAACCUCUUCAACAGGAGACUUCCAGUCUAAUUUUCCUGUGAAGUAAUAUCGAUGUAAGGACUACUCCGCGAAAGAAAAACUUUCACACGUUUUACAAUAUAACAGAAACGGUCGAUGUGUAGUCUUUUUGUGACAAACGCGAGCAUGCUGACAAAAAAUGAUAGCAUUCUAUGAGGAGAGAUUAGUACCCAGGUGACACUCUUCCAAAGUCGACAGGCCGACCACCUAAUACCGAGAUAGGCACGUUCAAAAUUCAUUGCAGCUCAUGCGUAUGAACUUUUUCAUGGACUGUGAAGAGAGCCAAAGCAUCCAGGUGAUACAAAUUACUCUCUGAGACAGCUUGCCUGUAAACCAAUGGCAAUGGUAUGAUUUCGUGCUCUUUGGCUGAUUUGCUUAAGCGUUUUUCAUUUUUAGCAGGCUCAUCCACUCUUAGUUAUAUUGCUAUGUUGGUUUGAUCGAAAACAUGCAGCUACCACAUAUAUUUUAAGACGAAUUCAUUGCUGCUAUAUAAUUGCAAUAGAUAUGGUUAUAGAUUUCUUUUCAAACAAUAAGGUGCCAAGUUAGACUAACUCAACGCUCCUAAACAAACAUGAACGGGCAUUGUUUUAAAAUACUUUUCUUCCAAUCUGCUAAUGAAUAACAUAACGGAAAGUAAUAUGAAAUUUGGACUAAUGUCACAAAUCAAUAGAGCAAUUCUGAACCUCACUUGGAUAUUGGGAUUAAAAACUCAUCCUAAUCUCACUUCAGUAAGCAACAAUACGAAUUUCUCGUUUAACUAUUUACAUAAAUCAUAUUGAUUCUAGAAUAUCUUGAAUCAUUUACAUCUUAGAACAGAGGAUUUAUGUGUCUAGCCAGGUGUUCGCUAAUAAAAAGACGAUAACAUGAAUGCCUCGAGGAUUCGACUUUUCAACUGUGGUUGAAACGAAUAUUUUUAAACUUUGAGCUGCUCGGUAAAUUAAUGUAUGCAAGGUUUCAUUUAUAGACGAUCAGAUGACUCCUCCGAAGUACUUUUGAUUUUGAAAGAUCAAGUCAGAACGUGAACUUUUCUGCUCAACUAACGAUUACAUCUUCUUGGAAACGGUUAUUAUUGAUUUAAAUAACGGUAAAAACGACUAUAAGAGUUUGUUUUAGUCUUAGCAGAAAUGGUUUAAAGCCAGUCGUCCGAUGGAACACAAACUUGGUUAAGUUUCAGUCAGUGCCAGUUGUUGAGAGUCUGGGUCCGAUUCUUGACCUUUUUUACCUUAACAUCAUUAUGCAUAUUCUCCGUACUGUUCUCCGUGCAUUUCUUAUAGUGCUGAAAAGGAGAAUUUGUUUAACAAUCAAGAGCUUCUUUAUUUGGUGAUUAUUUUCUUUAUUCUCGUUUUCUUAAUGUGUGAUUCACGGAUGAAAUUGUGGGGAGAAAUUACAAGUUAGUCACUCUUAUGGGUCAAAGGGUUAAUUUAAAGCAGAAAAUUUUCCUUUUAAAUUACACUUAUUCUCUCUUGGCCUUUUUCUUUGACAGCCGUUCUCCUUGUAACGUGCUUGGCUGACGAAGAUGACAUCGAUACAAAUGCCAACACUGUUACAAUUCGGGGAUUUGACACUUCAGUCAGAAUAGAAGGCAACACAGGAAAAAUAAAGGCAGUUCAUUUUGACAAGGAUGAUGAUGAUGAGGAAUUGGAGGAAGAGGACUUCGACGACGACGAUGAGAUGCUAACAUUUCAAGUUGACUCUAUGGAAGAAAAAGAUUCGAAUGGAAAUGUGGUCGGUCUUACCGGUCCCACACAAAAGAAACAUGCAUUGACCUCCUUGGCAACUCAAAUUCAAAAGUUCACCUUCUCGUCGUUGGAUAACUCUACAACUUUUCAAGGACUCCCUGUCAAACGUAUCAACUUGUCUGUUUCCCUGGCUGGUCCUCAAGCAAACCUAGAAAUUCAGGUGGUACUAUUUCUGAAGUCAGGAAAAAUCACAUUUGGCAACGAGUCAUUUAAUGUUCGAAGUGGAACUUUCAAAUUUAAUAUCAAAGUAAGUUGCAUCGAUUUCCUUUUUUACACAGGUCAGAGAGCUUUUAUUUGUGAGAGAAGAUCUCAUGUACUCUAUUUUGUUCAUCGAUCGUUAUUUAUCGCCGGAGAGGAGGGGUGUCAGAGGAUAUUGGUUGAGUCAUGAUAAGAUUUACCUGACCCCCCCUAAGGGUCUGCACCACGAUUUAUUUCUCUCUUGAUCAAAAACAUGCUUUGUUACGAUUCGAUUCCAACAGGGUAGUGGUCGUGGAAGUCUUUAGAUUACACGUUUAUUGAGUCUUAAUCCUUUUCUUUUUCCCCUUUCUUAAGGUUAGUGACUGGCAGUUCUGCGGCAUGAACUCCGAUGUGUGCAGAAAUAAUACUACUGGUGCGAACGAAAUAGGUCAGUUCCUUGAUGUCGGAAUGAGCAUCAGAAGCGUGGCAGAGGAACCCGAAGAAGUGGAUGACGAUGAGCUACCAGGAGAAGACAUUUGUGUUCCUGAUGAUCCCAAUGAUAAAGACGACUGUCCUAAAAUAUUCAACAUGGGUGGAAACUCAGAAAUGGUGCUCAAUAAAGGGGUGAGUGUCUCUUGGCUGAUCUCGCGUGGGGAGGGGUGAAGUGGCGUGUCAAAGGAGGGCGAAAAACGAUGUGUACGGUUCACCAGCGAAAAGCGGAACUAAGAUUCCUUAAAAGGGGCAUAGGGUCCCAACGUUACAGCAAUUGUCAGUUAACAUAUUGGUUACCUCUCAGGAUUCUUAUGAUGGCGAAAGAAGAGAUUUCCGAGCAACCUAUCUAUUUACUGAAAGAUUAAAAGUCUUACUCACAGGGUGCAAAAAAAAUCUGCAUUCCUGAAAAAUCGCAUCAAUUGAACCCUUGAUUUUCCAGGAAACAGUUCUAAUGCUAUCCUUUCAUGAUUAGCCCUUUGUGAUUCGAUGUACGCCAUUAGCUAGAGGAAAAGGUCGACAUCAAAAAGGAAAAAAGAUGUGAAAAUGGAUAAAUAUUUUUAUGCUAUUAAAUAAAAAUAUCAUUAACGCGGGUAACAAUAAAAUGACUGGUGGCUGGUUCGUCUUCAUCAUGGCCAUUGUCAUUUUAAGUUUGUAUACAUAAGUCAAUCAGUACAGGGUGCUAACAUACUACACAUUUACCUCUCUCCCUCACAGGCUUUAACAGGAAACAACGAAUACGUUCUAUUUCCACCAGGCUUUCCAAAGUUCGAGCUUAACGGAAUGGUGAAAAGGUUCGUGUUCCGCGUCCCUAGGUUCAACAACACGAUACUAAUCGAUCCCAGCGUCAAUGUUGGCACAAUGAAAACCAGCAAAUCAGGAGCAAGGCACAGUGCUGUAGAAUCUCCUCUUUUCUUCUCUAUUGUUUUGUUGCUGUGUAAGCUUGUGGCUCACUAA